GGAGGCGCCGCUCGCCGGCGAGGCCGCCGACCAUGCCUAGGCGGGCCGGGAGCGGGCAGCUGCCGCUACCCCGGGGCUGGGAGGAGGCCAGGGACUACGACGGCAAGGUCUUCUACAUCGACCACAACACCCGCAGGACCAGCUGGAUCGACCCUCGGGACAGGUUAACGAAGCCCUUGUCAUUUGCUGAUUGUGUUGGGGAUGAGCUGCCGUGGGGAUGGGAAGCGGGGCUUGACCCUCAGAUUGGUGUCUACUACAUCGAUCACAUCAACAAAACCACACAGAUAGAAGAUCCAAGAAAGCAAUGGAGGGGGGAACAGGAGAAGAUGCUCAAGGACUAUCUCUCAGUGGCUCAGGAUGCACUCAGGACGCAGAAGGAGCUCUACCAGGUGAAGGAGCAGAGGCUGGCUUUGGCCCUGGAUGAAUAUGUACGAUUAAACGAUGCCUAUAAGGAAAAGUCAAGUUCUCGCACAAGCCUAUUUUCAGGAUCUUCGUCCAGUACUAAAUAUGAUCCUGAUAUUUUGAAAGCUGAGAUCUCCACCACGCGAUUAAGGGUUAAAAAGCUGAAGAGAGAACUCUCACAGAUGAAGCAAGAGCUGCUCUAUAAAGAACAAGGCUUUGAAACGUUACAACAAAUCGAUAAAAAAAUGUCUGGAGGCCAGAGUGGAUAUGAACUUAGUGAAGCCAAAGCCAUUCUAACUGAACUGAAGUCUAUCAGAAAGGCUAUUAGCUCAGGAGAAAAAGAGAAACAAGAUCUGAUGCAGAGUCUUGCUAAGCUGCAGGAGCGAUUUCAUUUGGAUCAAAACAUUGGCAGAUCUGAGCCAGAUUUGAGAUCCAGUCCUGUGAACUCCCAUUUAUCUCUCUCCAGACAGACCCUUGAUGCCGGGUCACAAACCAGCAUUUCCGGAGAUAUCGGAAUGAGAAGUAGAUCAAACUUAGCUGAAAAGGUCAGGCUAAGCCUACAGUAUGAAGAAGCCAAAAGAAGUAUGGCCAACUUAAAGAUUGAGCUGUCGAAAUUGGACAGUGAGACCUGGCCUGGGGCGCUGGAUGUUGAGAAAGAGAGACUGAUGUUGAUUCAUGAAAAAGAAGAACUUUUAAAAGAGUUGCAGUUCGUCACGCCGCAGACACGCUCUCAGGAUGAGCUGGAACGCCUGGAGGCUGAGAGGCAGCGGCUGGAGGAGGAGCUGCUGCCCGUGCGGGGUGCGCCGAGCCGAGCUCUGGCCGAGAGAUUGAAAUUGGAAGAGCGAAGGAAAGAGCUGCUACAGAAACUUGAAGAAACUACUAAAUUAACUAGUUACCUGCAUUCGCAGCUUAAAAGCCUGUCCGCCAGCACCCUGUCCAUGUCGUCCGGGAGCAGCCUGGGCUCCCUGGCGUCCAGCCGCGGCUCUCUGAACACCUCCAGCAGAGGGUCUCUCAACUCCCUCAGCUCCAGUGAGCUCUAUUACAGCAGUCAGGGGGACCAGAUGGACGUGGACUAUCAGUAUAAACUGGACUUCCUGCUGCAAGAGAAAGGCGGCUACAUUCCUUCUGGACCCAUCACCACCAUCCAUGAGAACGAGGUGGCCAAGUCUCCUGGCCAGCGUGGACUGUGCGGGGUGGCAGCCACAGCUGCUGGCCACACCCCCCCACUGACCGAGGCCCCCAAGUCUGUGACGUCCCUGUCCUCGCGGUCCUCCCUGUCCUCCUUGUCCCCUCCCGGCUCACCGUUGGUCUUGGAGGGUGCGUUCCCCAUGUCCUCUCACGAGGCCACGCUGCGUCAGUUCACGGCCGACUUCGACGACUGUGAGCUGAGCAGCCGCUUUGCGGACAUCGGCCUCAGGGAAAAUCAGGUGCUGCUGGACGCUGAUUCUGGAGGAGCGCCCCAGCCGGUCUCGGAGGACCCAGACCUCAGCGAGUGCCCCAGGGAGCCUCUGUGCGAAGGAGCUGCAGAUGUGGAAAAAUCACUACCAAAAAGAAGAGGCAUCCACUUGCUUGGGGAGAAAACUGCUUGUGUGUCGGCUGCUGUAUCGGACGAGUCUGUGGCUGGGGACAGUGGCGUCUAUGAGGCUUUCAUGAAACAGCCUGGUGAACUCGAAGACGCUGCGUGCGGUGGAGAGGAUGUUGCCAUCGUGGAGACCGCCCAGGUGCAGAUCGGACUCAGAUACGAUGCAAAAAACUCAAGUUUCAUGGUGAUUAUAGCACAACUUCGAAAUCUCCAUGCCUUCUUGAUACCUCAUACUUCAAAAAUAUAUUUCAGGGUCGCUGUGCUUCCCUCCUCAGCUGACGUCAGCUGUCUCUUUCGGACAAAAGUCCAUCCGCCCACAGAAUCCGUUUUGUUCAGUGAUGUGUUCCGAGUGGCCAUCUCCCAGGCAGCCUUACAGCAGAAGACGCUGCGAGUAGAUCUGUGCUCUGCGAGGAAGCACCGGAGGGAGGAGUGCCUGGCUGGAACUCAGAUCAGCCUGGCAGAUUUGCCAUUUUCCAACGAGAUCUUCACUCUGUGGUAUAACUUGCUUCCUUCCAAGCAAAUGCCUUGUAGACAGAAUGAAGAAGAAAAAGAAGAUUCCGUAUUUCCACCAAACCAGCCGUUGGGAGACUCUAUAGAUCUGGAUGCAGUGUCAACCUUGCUUGCAAGAACAUCAGCUGAGCUGUUGGCUGUAGAACAAGAAUUAGCACAAGAAGAGGAGGAGGAACCAGGGCACGAAGAGCAGGGGGGUCCAGAUGGCGACUGGCUAACGCUGCUGAGAGUGGCCGCCGCCGACAUUGUGGCCGAAGAUGAGGCUGAAGUUAAGUUGCUGGAGGGCAGUAGCUGCACCCCAGACUCCAGCUCACGAGCUCACGUUCCUGAGAUGAGUGAAGGCGGCAGUAGGAGAGGAAGCGAGUGUGCCAAAGACCCUGGGAGUCAGCCACCGAUGGGGACGCCCACGCUGGUUGAUAAGGAGACGAACACAGAUGAAGCAGUUAGCGGGGGCGUGGCGGUUCGGCCCAAAGAGCGAAGUGGCCUGAGCCCGGGCCGGCCGCCGCUGGCACGGAGCGGCAUGAUCGUGCGCUCACAGACCUUCUCGCCGGGCCAGCGGAGCCAGUACGUGUGCAGGUUAAAUCGAAGUGACAGUGACAGUUCAACGCUGGCUAAAAAAUCCCUCUUUGUGAGGAACUCCACUGAACGGCGCAGUUUGAGGGUCAAAAGGACGGUGUGCCAGACUGCCCUUCGAAGAGCGGCGCAAGAGUGCCCCGUGCGCACAUCCCUAGACCUAGAACUGGAUCUGCAGGCAUCUCUGACCCGCCAGAGUCGCCUCAAUGACGAGCUGCAGGCCCUCCGGGGCCUGCGGCAGAAGCUGGAAGAACUGAAAGCUCAGGGAGAGACAGACCUGCCGCCGGCCGUGCUGGAGGACGAGCGGUUCCAGAAGCUCCUGAAGCAGGCUGAGAAGCAGGCUGAACAGUCGAAAGAAGAGCAGCAGCAGGGUUUGAAUGCAGAGAAACUGGCCAGGCAAGUCUCCAAGGAAGUGUGUCGGCUUCGUGGGCGGAGCCAGAAGGUGCCUCAGCAGGUGCAGUCCUUCAGGGAGAAGAUGGCCUACUUCACCAGAGCGAAGAUCAGCAUCCCGUCCCUGCCGGCCGACGACGUGUGACGCCAGCGCUCAGACCGUCUGCCUCCACCUGCUCGGUGAAAGACGGACCGUUUGUCUUCUUUCUUCCUUUUUAUUUUUUUUGGGGUGGGGGGGCUGUUUGUGUGACGUAAUUGUCAAUUCUUGAUGGACUUUCAUUUCACAUAUUUUCAACAUGUUAAUUUGUAAAAUACUUUGAAUAUAAUAUUUUGAAAAGAAAAAAAAAAGACUCAGCUAACAAAAAUGGGGUAAUGCGGCCCACAAAUUAGCUUGUGUGUGUAUUGCCAGUGGGCUUUAUCUUGUCAAAGUGGAAGGGAGGCAGGACCUGGCGUGUUUCCCCCUCCGCUGGGUGUCUAAGAAGACACCACGUGGGACAGCGGCUUUUCUUAGAGCGGUGUUUGCGCUUCCCGGUGGUCCCCGGCAGCGGCGCCACGGGCGUUCUUGGAGAGCAGCUCCGGGAGUCCAGUGUGACGUCCUGCCGCCCGGGUGGCAGCACUUUGGCUCCUGGAAACAAGUUCCUUUUUGUCUAAAGAAAACGUAAAACCAUGUGAGAAUACCCCUGAGAGGCGCGGCACCCCUGGCUCGCGGGCAGAGCGCGGGGAACCGGCUUCCUCUGGAGCGGCGCCUUCCCGUGUGGGCCUCCCGGCUGGCCCCGAGGGCACCCCGGAGACAGCGCGGCCCACCGAAGGCUGCCUUGGUGGAGUCAGAGUUGCCAAAAAGAAGGAAGGGAGAUCGGGGGAUUUCAGAGUCCCAGCCCCUCCCCUCGGUGCGGGCGUCUGCGGUUCAUGGUAGAGAGGGGGCGCCAAGGGGAGAGCGUUGAUGUGGGGCUGAAUUGUUUGCAAGAAGGAAAAAAAUUACUCUAAAUGAACAAAUUCAGAAAUAUAAUAAUGUGCCCUCCUAUUAGAAUUUUAGCUUACCCAGCCCAGGCACUACUUCAAAAAAAAAAAAAGAAAGAAAAAAAAAAGUCCUCGAUGUAGCCCUGCCAGCUUAAAGGCUUCUAAAAUAUAUGUUAUUUAAACAACUUAAACUGCCCUUGUUAUUCUGUCUGUUAUAUUAGAAGAAGCAUAUUUUAGACAACUAUCUUACAUUGCAAACUAAACCAGUAAUUUUUAACAAUUCCAAAUCAUCGUAAAGGAACAGACCCUUUAAAUAAAGUGUUAAAAAGUCCCGUUUGUAAGCUAGAAUCCUCACUAGCAAAAAUUUUUACUGUCUUUAAAUUUACUGUACAUAUUUUAGAAAGCUCAUUUUAGCAGAAUCAAGGAUCAAAUUAAGCAGUUUCUGAGCCUAGAACUUUAUUUUUUUCUAAAAUCCCACCACUUAUAGGAAUAUACAAAUUUCUUGUUAGAUAGAACUGGACAUGACGUUGCUUUGAACAGAAACCAGCCUAGUGAAGCGACUGAGCACCGGCCUUCAAGGCUGCCCAGCUUGCUCUGUUAGAUGCCUAAGAAGAUCCAGUUAAAGAAUGCCAUUCGUCCUUGUCGAGGUCAAAUGUGAGAGACAGAAGUUUAUUUAAUGUAAAGUUAAUGAAGGUCAGCUGAUCUCAGCUUCUUAGUUUGACCGUGAAAAAUGUUUAUAGAGUUAUGUGUAGUUGUACCGUACGAUUUUAUUUUCUUCAUUUAUUUAUUUACGGUAUUAUUUAUGUUCUGUUUAAUAUAUAGUUUGGUUCUGGCCAUUUUAAAUGUUCGACAUAGAAGAGGCUAUAUUGGAAUAUUUACAGCUUUAUAAGUCUCCAUCAGAUUAGCUGUUAACUUUUUGUAAUACAAAAAGUUUCAGAUAAGUAUUAAAAAAAUAAAAUCUGUCUCGGGCUGGUAGUUAACAGUUGUGACCAAGAUGCUUUUGGUUUUAUUUUACAGAAUUUGCUCAUUUCUAACAUGAGAAACAAACUUACUUUAAUAUAACUUUUUCCACACUUUAAAAUCAGCAAUAGUGUUAUGUAUUUAUAGGCAGCUUUUAAUAAUACUGUCAUAUUUGUACUAACCCAAAUGAGUCACAGUGACAAAACAUUUUACUAACAUGAUCACAAAACCAUAUGGACAAAUAUGAAUUUUAAUAUUAUAAAUGCUAUUUUUAAAAGGUAGGACUUAUUCUGCACAGGGUAAAAAGAAUGUAAUAUUUAGUCCUCAAUUUUGAAUUAUCAGUAUGUAAUUACAGUUUUGUAUAUCAGAAUCUUAAGUGUUACAGGUACAAAAAAAUAUGGCUAGCCAAAUGAACAAAGUUUAGCUGAAUCUCGUAGGAUGCAAAUCAAAUAAACUUAAAAUCUUUGGGGUUUUUGCUAUUGCUUUAUUAUAUUGUAUUAAAUAUCAAAGCUCAGGACUGAACUAAAUACUUAAUCAGGUUAAAUUCUGAAUAUAUUUCUGUUUAAAUUUGUCUUGUUUAUAAAAGUAUGCAAAUACAUCAUGUAGAUUAACUUUGGUUUCUGCACUUUCCAUGUGUUUGUGGGUGGAAAAAAAAAUCAGUGGUUUUUCUGUUUCUUAACAAAGAUACAUCUGCAUAAUACUUUAUUUUGCUGUUGUUUAUUGUUCACUUAAUUUCCCUAAUUGGCACAAGCAUCAGAGUUUACUGAAACCAUGGACCAAGCACAUAUAAAAUCUCUCAUGAACUUCCCCAGCCCAGCAGUUUGCUGUGAAUAGUUCCCGUUUAGACUAUGAAUACAUCUGUUCUGCAGAUCAGACAGAGGGCUCCGGAACGCGCGCUCAGUCGGGGGCCUGCUGAGCUGGCAGCGCUCCCAGGAGGCCCUGUGCCCAUGCGCACCCACCCGUCCCAACCGCGGCUGAGAGCCAGGGGCCAGUGGCAGUGUGGGCCAUCAGGCACAGAGCAGGGAGGAGGGGUUAGAUUCUAAGUGAAUCUUCCAAAACGCAAGGUUGCCCUCCUGUGCUUGAAGGCGUGAAUGAGUGGGGCUGGCUUUUGGAAAGCCUCCAUAGAGGCACUGAGGAAAGGAAAUGGUGUCUCCCAUGUCUCUCACUUCCAAUGUUUUUAAAGAACCAGCAGGCUUUUUGUUUUUUUAUGUACAAUCAGAUAUCAGGCAUUUUAAAUCUGGGAUGAGACGUUAGCUUAUGUCUAAUAGGUUAUUUCAAACACAUGAAAGAAACCAGUGAUUAGCAGUGGCAUUUCCAAUUGCCAAAAUGAUUCCCCUCC